GAUGGUGCUUGAAAGUACGAUUGUCUGUGUUGACAACAGUGACUAUAUGAGAAAUGGAGAUUUUGUUCCCACAAGACUACAAGCCCAGCAAGAUGCAGUAAACCUUGUCUGCCAUUCUAAGACACGAGCAAACCCAGAGAACAAUGUUGGCCUCCUGACCAUGUCAAGUGUUGAGGUUUUGGCUACACUUACAACUGAUGUUGGUCGAAUUCUUAGCAAACUCCAUCAAGUCCAGCCCAAAGGAGAUAUCAAGUUUGGAACAGCUCUCAAAGUGGCUCAUCUGUCACUCAAGCACAGACAAGGACGAAACCACAAGAUGAGGAUAGUGUUGUUUGUAGGCAGUCCAAUUUUGGAAGAUGAGAAAGAAUUAGUGAAAAUGGCCAAAAAACUCAAAAAAGAAAAAGUAAAUAUGGACGUCAUCAACUUUGGUGAAGAGGGUUUAAACACAGAAAAACUGACUGCCAUGAUAAAUGCUCUGAAUGGAAAGGAUGGCACUGGAUCCCACCUAGUGACCAUUCCGCCUGGCCCCAUGUUAUCUGAGGCUUUGAUGAACUCACCUAUAGUUGUGGGUGAGGACGGAUCAGGUGCAGCCAUGCAAGCAGUUGGAUUUGAGUUUGGUGUUGAUCCUAAUGAAGAUCCAGAAUUAGCACUUGCACUAAGAGUGUCCAUGGAAGAGCAAAGAGCACGACAGGAAGACGAGGCCAAGAAAACAGUACCAGCACCAGAGGAAGGACAAGUGCAGAGCAUGGAAACAACUACAGGAGGGAACUCGGAUGAGGCGAUGCUGGAGCAAGCCCUAGCAAUGUCCAUGCAACCAGAUGCCAUGGAGCAACAGGCCACUACACCCAGUGUACCAGAUUUUGGCUCCAUGUCAGAGGAAGAGCAAAUAGCUUACGCUAUGCAGAUGUCAUUAGCAAACUCUGCUGCCAACACCACUCAGAACACUCCAGCACCUAUGGAUGUAGAUGAUGAGGCCAAAGCUGGGACAGCAGAACCAGAGGAGAAAAAAUCUAGUGAUGAAGAUUACUCCGAAGUGAUGAAUGAUCCAGAAUUUUUACAAAAUGUACUAGAGAAUUUACCAGGUGUGGAUCCCCAUAGUGAAACUAUACAAAACGCUAUGAGUUCUAUAAUGCAAAAAGAUUCUGGUAAAAAAGAAGACGGAAAAAAGGAUAAAGACAAGGAGAGUAAAUAGAAAGCCCUGAGAUGUUAUUGAAAUGUAACUGUGAAUGAAAGGACUCAUGUUGGAGUGCUGCCCAUAUAAAUCUCAGUCAAUAGGACAAAACUAAAGGAUGUGCUUAAAUGUCAACAAGUUGAAAAUGAACAAUUUUGAUAUCAAAAUUAACUCUUUAAUACUUACUUUGGAAAUCACAUUUUUCUUGUGUUUCUGUUGUAUUUUGAAGUUUAUGAAGUGAAAUGUGUAUUGGUGCAUUACCAUAGAGAAAUAUAUCGGAGAACUGAUAUGUGAUUGGUGGAAAAAGUUGUGUACAGAAAAGUGGACUUGGGUUGACUGAUAUGAAUGAUAUUGAGUGUGGAUGUAUAGGUGUCUAAUAAAGUAUUAUGAAAUUGUU